AUUUUUCCUCCAUCCGUGCCCACCCGCUCGUCAGUAGGCCGCCCAUGCCUCCAGCUUCCGUUCGCAUUCUAGGGUGGUCCAGAGGAAAGACACAGCGGAGCGAAAAUGGGAGUAGAAAUUCAGACAAUAACUGCGGGCGACGGCCGGACUUUUCCUAAGAAGGGGCAGCGCGUCGUGGUGCACUAUGUCGGCACACUGGCAAACGGAACAGUGUUUGACUCUUCGAGGUCCCGGGGGAAGCCGUUCAAAUUCAAGAUUGGACACCAGGAGGUGAUUCGUGGAUGGGAGGAAGGAGUAGCCCAGAUGAGUGUGGGUCAGCGGGCAAAGCUUAUUUGCUCACCGGACUAUGCCUAUGGCAGCAAAGGUCACCCAGGGAUCAUCCCACCAAACGCCACUCUCACCUUCGAUGUGGAGCUGAUUGGUCUGGAAGCCUGAAACUUGUGCACUCAGCUUUGUUUAAUUCCAGUCAGAUUUUCAGGGUUGACUCCUAUCUUGGGAACAUGGAGGAAAAGGUUAACUGAUGAUUCCUGCUCUCGAUUCCUGCAUAGGACGUAUGUCUGUUGUUACACUAUUUCACUCUCCUUUACAUUUAGAUACAAGUCCUGUUUUUUUUUUCUUUUUUUGUCACUUGCUUUAAAAUUUUAUCCCUCAUAUUAUACUUUAGAUUACAUAAAGUAAUAAGUCAUAGGCCUUCCAAUCACAUGUAUUUUGUCAUAUUCUGCUUUCUAUUUGUAUGGUCUUUUUUUUUUUUUUUUUUUUUUGGACUUAAAAUUUACUUCCUUGCCUCAGUUUGAUUAAAUGCAUCUGCCACCAGGACCACGUUUUAAAUCAAGUGUCAUAAGUACUGAAUCAGUCUCAUUCCUGUGGCUCUGUGGCCUUUACAAUAAAAUUGUAUUGAUUGCGGGUAAUGUCUUGAUUCAAAAUAAGAAUAAAUUGUUUGACACAAUAUUUCUACAAAUUACUUUUGUGAUGUACUUGGGGUGGGCGGGAUUGAAAAAUGCACAGAAUAUGUUGUAAUCAGGGGCUCAAAAUUCAAACAUCAUUUUCAUGAAAAGCCUACAGGACUCUGCACAUGAAAGAUUUUUGUCUGUCUUAAUUUAUGAGCCAAAAAUACCUGCUUGCUUUAAUAUCCACAGCUGAAAAACACUUGUCCUCUUGGCCGAACGAAGAAAAUAUUCCUCGAGGCCUGUGGCUUUCUUUGAAUACAAUAAAAGAGUGACUUUAACUAAAA